GCAUGCGUCGUCAUCACCAUUGGUCUUGCGUAAUACUUGUACAAAUAAUUCAUUUCCGACGAAUGGGGGCUUCGGAACGGGAAAAAAAGUAGUGAGAAAAAUCGGAAAAAUCGGGAACUAUAUGUUUCCAAUUUUUUAAAAUUUUUCCAACGUACUGGAGAAUUAGUAGGAAUAUUUUAAGGAAAUUACGAGAGGAUUGAGGCCGGAUUGGAAUAUAUUAUUCUGGGUCUGGUGGUGGUGAGCGAGGAGGGUGUAUAGAGUUCAAGCAGCAGUGAGUGGCUGAGUCUUGUGCUAAGCAACGAGGGGACACGGAACUCGCCUCAGCAGCACAACUUUUUUCACCACCACGAAAAUACCAACUUGAGUUCUUUUUUACCAAUAUUUCAAAUUUACUGACUGACAUGAACUUGUUAAUAAUUCCAGAGGAAAUUUAGUGGUAGUGCUCGCCUGAUGUAGUGCAAGCUAUAUAACUUACCACAUUAUACAACAAUUUUACUCGGUUGAUAUUUUAUAUCGCAGUGGUCUAUUUAUAGUAUAGUUCAAGCUCUCGGUGGUUAGAGGGCUGAAGAAAUUAUCGGAAUUUUGUGUCAAUUUUCUCAUGCGGAAGUACACGUGGACAUGAGAGGAUGACCAUUUAGAACUAACUUAUUUCCUGUGAAUAUAUACUAAGUAAUCCUGGUGGAUCAGCUGAAGAUGGCGGAAUCCACUGGUGGUGACCUGCCGAAGACUGGGCCCAACGUUCCCCAUGACACGCUUGGCACUGUGACCAGUAAUUCUUCGGAGAUUUGGCCGCAAUGGGGAAGGUGUGUGGGGUGUUUUGAGACGGCGAUGAAGAGCACGACCGACGGGGUCGAGAAGGAUGCUCAAGAAGUGUACGGAGAGCGCGACUUUUUCAUCCUCCCCUGCGCCCACCUCGUCUGCUCUCCCCAAUGUUUGAAAGAGUGCGCCCGCACCCCCACCACGAGCGAAGAAGAUGCUGAUGAAGAGAACUGUAACUCGAAAUCGAGGUGCCCUGCAUGUCUAAUCAUGUUUGUGGAAGCUGAAGUCAUGCAGUCCAAGACAAUCCGCCCGUUAGAGGUCAUAGGCCGCGUUACCCCGCAAUCUUUGAAAUUGAAAAAGAAAUGCCAAGGAUGCAUUCGACCUAAUGCUCUUGCUGCCAAAUUCUGUGAACAGUGCUUACUACCCUUAUGCCAAAUUUGUGUCAAUCGUCACGCAGUAAUGAUUGACACAACUAACCACUCGGUCAUAGAUUCCCCCAAUAUUUUUGAACUAGUUUCAAGCUCUGAAGUUUGCGGUGGACAUCCGAAUUAUAGGUUUACAUCCUUCUGCAAUACUUGUGAUCUCCAAUUGUGUCAAAUGUGCAAGUUUGAAGGAAACCAUGCUCAACAUGACAUUUGUGACUUGAAAGAAUUUGCGCAAAAGACGAUUACUGAACUAAAAACUCUGUACAAGGAGCAUAGCCAAAUGGUUGAUGGACUGAAAACUGCUCAUCAGAAUCUCUUGAAAAAAGUCAGUACGCUUGCGGAACAGACAACCAAAGUUAAAGCAGAUACAGAAGUGUCCGUUAACCGUAUCAAAAACUUAAUCGAUCAACAGGGACUUGAUGUUACUGAGGACAUUGUUGUUGCAGUUACUUUCAAAGUAUUUCGAAUUAACUUGCAAAACAAAUGCUACAAGAGCCUAAUUAGUCAAGCUCAAGUGUUUAAACUUCUGAGCAAGAUAUUUGAUUUUGGAUCUGGACCACUGGUCCAAGACAAAUUUCAGGCUACCUAUCAAUUAUACACUUUAAUGAAGCAGCAAUUUAAAUACAUAAAAGCAACCACGGCCAAUGUCAUUGAGAAUGAACCUGUGGGGAAAAUUGAAAUCAAUACUGAUCAUCAAGCACUCUACGAAGCUUUGGAAAAUCUGGGAAAGCUUCAGUUCUCCUCAUCUCCAGCACCCUCUGAGUCAGAAAGUGAAGACGUCAACUCCGUUGAAAACACGCAACCAAUUGUAACUUUGGGAGAUGACGUUAUCCCUUCGAUAUCACAUGGGUUACAUCAAGGCCUGCCGCUUAUCGAGAAGCCCCCUCCUGAACAAGUUAGGAACGAAAGUUCUAUCGAAUCAUCGACAUUAUCUCAUCAACUACCUGCUGAAAAGAAAGGAGAUAUGUCGUCCAUUCCACAACCAGCCAGUGGUAGAGCAAACAGUCAAACAGUGGCGUCACAUGGAAAUACCUCUGAAAAAUUUAUUCAAAACAUUGUAGCUGAUGUAUCAGAAGCAGAUCGACAUACAAAAGGUGCAGAAGUACCAAUUGCCUUCUUUGUUGAGGAAGAAGACGAUAGCGACGAUGAAAUGAGAAAGAUAAAGGCUGAACCUGUCGAUUAUGAAGACAGAGAUGAAGAACCACCAGAUGAUGAUGAAAAUCAAAACGAUGAGGAGGACGACGCUAAUGUGCUAAUUGUUGAUAAAACGUCGGAGAACGAAGAAUAUGCUUCACAUAACUCUUUAGUUCCAUUCUCCCAGUUGCAAAAUGGUUUUACAUUUGGAUCAACACCAGCUUCCGCUUCCUAUAACUGCCGAAAGGGAAGCAACACAUCCGAAGAUAAUCAUACUCACAAAGAAUCGAUGAGGGAGUCGGCUAAAUUUAUCAGGAGCAUAAAGUGUGAGCCCGUGGAUAUGACAGACUCGGAGGAAAGUUGUGACGUUGACAUGCAAGAAGGCUACACCAGCCCGACGCCAUUAACACGAAAGACAAUUCCAGAGACGAAAACAAAAGGAAUUGUUACGAAUGUUCCAACAAUUAAUAAUGAAACAAUGAUCUCAUCAAACAAAAAAAAGCGGAAAGCCUCAAAUAGUGAGAAUGAAUUUAUUCUACCAAACAUACCUUCACCCUUUUCAGACGACACGACCGGAUCGGAUGAAUUCUUUAAACACUUUAACCCAGACUUUGCCAAUUCACCAGAAAAUUUCCCGGAGCCCACAGAAUUUUUAGACCCUGAAACUGGCAUACUUUUUCAAAGAGACGUUGGGUCUGCUGUUGGAACCCAUGAGAAAAGUGAAAAGCAGGAUGAUGAGGCGAAUGAAUCUUUAACGGAAAGCCAGCCCAACGAUACGAGUAAUAAUAAAGUAGACGAUACACGACAAAGUUCGUCAAACGACAGCAAGGACGAUAAUCAUCUAGUCCAGAAAACUCAAACGAAGAUUAAUAGCAUCAUCCGAGCAAAUGAUGCUGAAAGUAGGAUAGAGUCUACAAACAUUUUAGUUUCACUUCUUGGCAAACGGUUAGAUCGUGCAAUCAGUAAUCAAACAAACAUGCUAAGAGAAACUCCAAUUAUUGGUUCCACACCGUUAUCAAAAGCUUCUCAUUCCCAAAUUAUUACUGGAAACACGAAUCAAAAACCAAUCGAUCUAAAUGAGACUGCAAAGAAUAGCAAAGAGCUUCGUCAGAAUAACAUUUCUAACCCAUCGUUGCCAAUCUUCAAGGAAGUAAAUGGCUCACUUGAACUUCUCAAGAACAAAGUUGUUGAAACUCCUCCACCUCCAACACCAAUCACCCUAUCUCUCAAAAAUAAAAACCAGUCAAAACAAAUCAGUCCAACUUUUCCUUACUCCGUGUCAACAGAUCUCUUGAAUUUUGCUAAAAAACUUGAUAGUGAAAAGACUACCGCUUCGUCCUCUACUGUUUCAUUUUCAGAAGACAACGGAAAAAAUGUUCCCUUGAAGAAAACUCCAUUGCAAGGACAGAUACUAGAAGCUAAGAUCUCCGCAUUGUUAAAGAAGCCAGAAUAUAAUGGGCAAGUAACGUCCAACUCCUCCAAAGAAUUACAUCAGCAGAUAGCACCAAAUCCAGUUGGCUUAAAUUCAAUUGUUCUAGCUCAUCACUCACCAUUACUAAAAGUAGCACCUACUCCUAUUCUUCUUCACACCACAGUAGGUCAGACCAUUAGUGAUGCCACAACAUUGACGGAGAGAAAUCAAGUUAAUACUCAAAAGACGCCAGUUACCGUCACCACUACACUUUUGAAGACCACCGCUGACACUCCCAUAGUCCAUAUUGCUCCUCAGCCUCCUCAGGGACUGACAAAUGUUGUUGCUCAAGAAGGAGAUUCUGGGCUCAAAGCAAUUCCAACCAUUCCAAAUGAACUCGUUCCACUUCCAUUAGAGUCCAUAACCAUUUUAACGCCCUCAGUUACUGCUCCAAAGAUUAUUGGUACUGUCUCACCAUCAACAGCUACAUUGCCAUCAUCCUCAUCUGCAACAACAACAGCUCAACCAAGAAUCACUUGGAAUGAGUCUAAAGAAAACGUUGACAACUCAAAUGGCAACGAUUCAAUGGUUAACAAAUCGAGAUCUAAAUCUCACAUUCAGAAAAACGAUAACGCCCCUAUCGUCCCCAUCCGAGAGAGCGCAUCUCGCGUGCAUAUAGUACGAAGAAAAAAACAUACUGGUAAAACCUAUGCCAACGUUGAAAUGCAGACUGAUACACCGUCAACUCUUUCAAAGAACAAACCUGCCGCACUUUUAGAAAUUAUCAAAACUGAACCAGGCUCAUUCAUAGAUCCAACGAACAUGAUCUAUUUACCAGCCGGAACGGUAACCACAAGAUCAGCUUCACCAAGAGUUAAUCCCAAACCACCACUAAAACCAUCUCAGCCCCCUUCAGAGCCAAUCCCGACGGAAAUGAUCAACAACCAAGUUGUGAUAAAUUAUAACGAAACAGAAAAAUCGUCGAGAACAUCGGAACCACCACCGAUUGUCAAAAACUUGUCUAUUGAACUACCGGUGAAUCCAGAGUUUGGAAAUGUACAGAGACCAUCAGUAAUAAUUGAACCCACCAAGCAGAAGGAAACCAUCCUCCAACAAAAUGGGUCAGAUCCUACCAAAUCAAUCAAUUUGAACACACAGAGAUCACUUGGGACGGAAAGUAGGCAGCAACGCAUUACAGGAGCUGGGGACCAAAACAGAAUCAUUUCCAAGGAUGUGUCCAUUUCACGAGUUGUGACAAACAACAACACCCCUACCACGUCCACUUUCGAAAUGGGAUCCAACCCAACAUUUGAGAAAAAUAGCAACACUUCUCUCCUCUCGGUCGAGAAAGUCUUGAGGAAACCAGCAGAGUCUCAACUCGUGCAAAAGUUACUACCAUCAACUAACACAAAGGCGACCGUCCCCCCUGUGACCAGCAACUCGGCCAUAAAAAUGACUCCAUCAUCUUCAGGUACAAAACACCAGGAGAAACGAAACUCGAUGCCAAGCUCAAGUGGUCCUAUCGUGACUCUUAGACCUGAGAAUGUUCUGAAUAAACCAACUGUUGCACAGUCAGUAGAAAUCCCUGUCGCAUCGCAAAGUCGAGUUUCUUCAAACCAAAGCAAACCUGAUCCGGGAGGAGAAAUGAACAUUCGACCGACCUCGACAGCAUGUUUUUAUGGGAAGCCUCUCCCACCAACUGCUACAGGAAUGCUAACACGAUGUCCUGAACCCAUUGGCCAACAAGAUCUAAUUGAUCGCUUGCUUCCAAGGAAAGGUCAAAUAGCUAAUACUUCUCCGCCCAUUCAACAGACUGGUGUAGGGAACAAACCUGGUGAAAGAGACUUACUUCUAACAAACCAGCGGAUAGAGAAAGUCCCACGCCUCUCACCUUUCCAACUACAAGAAGCUCGGCUCGUUGCAGGAAACCAGCAGUUCACUACGUUGACUCGUGUUGAAAUUUUACCACCCGGAAAGAAACAGCAACCUGUGACCACAACCCAAAUCAGCAAUAUCGUCCAACAGCCGUUGGGUCCACAAAUUUCUAAAGUGUUGUCAGCAACUGCAAACUCCAUAGGUAAAACAACAACCCAGCGGUCUCAACCAGCAGCAGUGGUUUAUCCCCAGCGUAUUCUGUCACAAGAAACUCAACAAGAAGGAAACAAAACUAUUCCACGCAUAAUCUCUCAACCUAGAAAGUCUACAAGCGAUGGUCUUUUGAAAUCGUCGACAAUCAGUACAUCAAAUUCUUCCACUACCACCUCUGUAACAACUACUGCUGCUUCGACCUUUAGCACAAUACUUCCCCAAAUUGUAACACCAAUAACUUCAAAAAUCACGACUACUAUGCCUCGGAUUAUACGACCUGUCACCGCUCAAACUACUCCUCAAGCGCCUACGGUUAUUGUGCCUCAGCAAGUCGUCGCAUUGCAAACCACCGCAUCUGCCCAAAGCGCAAACCAGAAACCAGUCACACAAAUGUCAACUUCUGUAGCCCCUCGCCCCAGCAGCCAUGGUUCAUCCAUGCCAAUGUUUGCAGCGUCAACCUCAAUAAAGUCUAUGAGCCUACCAGUGUCAACAUCAACUGUAGUUCAACAAGUUGCACCGGAUUUAGCAACAACAACUCCUACGUCAGUUAUUCCUUCCAGCUCGACCAUGCUUAGCUUGUCCACAUCUCUUCUACGACCCACAGUCCAGCGAACAUCAAAAGUUAGGCCUCCAAAGAAGCGCAAACGGAAUCGUACUACGCGAUUUUCAGGCGAUAACGAGGAAGAUGAGCUUGACGACGCUGCGAAUUCAGACACGAGCGACAUGAGCUACAGGCCAAAUUUUAAAAAGAAAAGAAUCGAGACAUUUAUGCUUGAGUCUAAGCGAUCACAACGGGAGCGAAAAAAGGUGGUACACGAUGGAUGCGUGGAUUCGGAAGAAGCGAUAUCGCCUUUUAUAGCGGAAGCAAAAAACGAACGAAAACAGGAUUCGUUAGAAGUUCCGGAAAGACCGAGACGAGCAAAAUCAGAUAGAAUAAGUUCUCGUCCAAGAACUUCGUAUAAUCCUAUUAACGAAUCUGAUUUAGGACCAACUCAAUUAUCAAUUACUGCUGGGGAGGAAGAUAUGGAUGAUGAGUCUGAACCAAACAAGACACAAUCAAGGACAGAGAAGGAAGGCAAUAACUCUAAAGGCGGAUCACUUGUUGGGAACAGAAUUGGUCUUAAUUCGUUUCCCAUUAGAAGUUCGUCCGAUUCUGCCAAUAAAUUAGUCCCUCCGAAAAAGAGGAUGCGAUUUCCAUCCGAUACAAUAGUAAAUGAAAGCGAAAAUACACCUAGUCGCACUACUAGUAGUACUGCUACUGUGUCUAUUGCUGCAGCUGUAAAUACUCCAAUAGUAGUAAUUACUACUGAUGUGGUGGUAAUUCAACAACCUUCUGGGAUGCAUUCGCCAAUUCGGAAUCACGAAAAUAUUUUAGAGGUGGUUGGAGAAGAAGGGGAAAAGAGUAAAGUCACAUCUUCGCCAGACAGAAUGGAAUGCGCAUCCGCACUUCUCAGGCUUUCCACAAGUACGAGAGUACCUGCUAAUGUAGUCACUCCCAUAACAUCAGCACAACAAACACAAACUGCUUCACCAAUUACAUCAACAGGAAACAGUAACAUCACUCAACGUACGUCCAAUGAUGAUGUUGAUGACUCGACGUCUAAACAUACUGAAGAAGAAAAGCAAGGAAACGGGGCUGAAAAUGUAUCAGUCAAUUUACCUGCAAUUAAUGAAGACUCGACUACUACUACCCUUGUGACUCUUUCACAGGUUCAAGAUGGUCAACGGACUCCUCUAAAUUCUAGCUCUAGAACUCGAGAGGUUGAAAAUAUCAAAAAAGGUCCACAGUGUCAAAAUAGGAUCUUUAAAUCAAGGAAUACGCCCAAACCAAAGGAAGCUUUGAACAAGUCUGCAUACAAAAAUAUUUAUGGUGAAUUAUUUGGGGCUUCUGGAUCUGAUGGUGAUUCACCAACUCGUGACAAAUCAAACAGUAAUACGUCGCAAGAGGUUCCAGUAGUCAAGCGAAAGCGCGGCCGUCCAAUUGGUUUACACAAGAAUUCUGAAGGGACCCAAAGGGAUUUGCGACACGCUUCUCCCCAAAAAACUCCUCCUAUUAAAAAUGAAAUGCAGUCACCGGGUCGAGAUUCUGACUACGAGUUUAAUUCUGAAGAUGAAGUGGCUCCACCAUCAAAAUCUCCCCAAAAACAAGAUGGUUAUGAUUAUGAUGAUCGCCGAUUGAGUACACGCUCAGCCUCCUUUGAGUCACGUGAAAGAUCAUUGUCCUCCUUAGGGACCAUAAGUCCAACAAGUCGAACUAGUUCACCAAGAGGGGGUUCCCGUUGGUCCUCUCGAAUCGUACGGACUAGAUCACAUUCGAUAGAGUCAUCUUCUCAUAAUCGUAAAACCCCGGUGAGUCGAGGUCGCACCGAGAGUCCAAAAGCUGCAGGAUCCCCCCACAAAUUAAUUCUGACAAGAAGCAAAACUCCCACUUCUCGUCCAUCAAGUCCAUUACCGAGUCGGUCAUCCACUCCCGGCAGCGUUUAUAGUUAUAAGAGCAGCCCUCGUGAACAGAGCCCUCGUGAGAAGAGUAUGCACAGAAUGUCUGGGGGUAGUAACAGGCGAGGGAGAGGGAGAGGUAGACCAAGGAACAGCCCUGACAUCCCUCGUCCCAUGCCUAACCCAAAUUUGCCACGACGAGGGCCUGGUCGGCCCCGAAAGCAUCCUCAAAUGGACCGUGCAUCUACUGCACUUCAACAGUUGCACAAUCUAUCAUCGGACGGCGAUGCUCUUUCAUUCACCAAUCAGUUUACAGUCGGAGAAGAAGAAUUAACUAAAGGUGUUGGCCCAUUAUUGGGUUAAACUAGUUGAUUAAACGAAUUUUGCUUGUUUAAAAACCAAGUUGUGCAUGUUUUAUAUGCAAACGGGCUUACAUCACUGCAUUUAAAUAUUUAUAUGUAUAAGGAGUAAAUCAUUUGUUCUUAUUUACGAACUGCCCUGUGUAUACACUCACUUAGUUUCUGUUGAAAUCCUACUUUCGCAGAUAUGUCAUAAUAAUGAUUCCUGAUAAUCAUAUUGUUAAAAAUGUAAAUUACGUCCUCUACUUGAGAACUUACACUUCUGUGAUUGUUAUGAAAUGAGUGCACAUCUAAAUAAAUGUAUGUAAUUUUACUGAAUAGAUAUGUCAUUAUAGAAUAAGUUGUUGUUCUAAAAUCCUAUAUUUGUGGUUUAAAGUUAACCAAUAAAAUAUAUUUCUAUUUAUUUAUUUUACUAUAAAAUAAGAAUAAAAUUGUACCCAGGAAUUGGAUA